UAAACCGCAAACCAUUCUGAGAUCUGUGAAAACACUCUCAGUCAGCUCUCUCUCUCUCUCUCUCUCUCUCUCAUAAAUAAUCUCGGUUAUCUCUCAAAAUCGCUGAAUUGUAUCGAAAACAACUGAAUUCAAUUAUAUCAAUAAUCUUGGUUAUCUCUCAAAAUCGCUGUGUUGUAUCGAAAACAACUGAAUUCAAUUAUAUAUAUAUAUAUAUAGAGAGAGAGAGAGAGAGAGAGAUCGGAAUAGGCAAGGAAAACCCUAGUUUCUUGGCAGAUCUGAAUUGAUUCAUCAAUGGAGGCCUCCCAAGGAGGAUUGGAAAGAGAGAAGUCGAACCCAUCAUCUUCUACACCUGUCUCAAUCGUCACCAAUUUCUGGAAGGACUUUGAUUUAGAGAAGGAAAAGAGUGUGUUGGAUGAACAGGGGCUUAGGAUAGCUGAAAAUCAGGAAAAUAGCCAGAAGAACCGCCGGAAGCUUGCAGAGAGCACUAGAGAUUUCAAGAAGGCUUCAGCAGAAGAAAAGUUGGGUUUGUUCAAUUCUUUACUUAAAGGCUACCAAGAAGAGGUUGACAAUCUUACUAAGAGAGCAAAAUUUGGAGAAAAUGCGUUCCUUAACAUUUAUCAGAAACUCUAUGAGGCUCCAGAUCCUUAUCCAGUUCUUGCUUCAAUUGCCGAGAAAGAUUUGAAAUUGUCUGAACUAGAGUUUGAUAAUCGGAAAAUGAAGGUUGAACUUGAGGAAUUCAGGACAGAGGCAACCCAUCUGAAAAAUCAACAAGCAACAAUAAGAAGACUUGAAGAGCGCACCCGCCAGUUAGAACAACAGAUGGAGGAAAAAGUGAAAGAAAUAGUGGAGAUUAAGCAACGCAGUUUAGCGGAAGAGAACCAGAAAACAUUGGAGGUCUUAAAAGAAAGGGAACAAUUAUUGCAGGAUCAAUUACGACAAGCUAAAGAAAGUGUUUCCAAUAUGCAAAAAGUACAUGAACUUGCACAGAGUCAAUUGUUUGAAGUUCGUGCUCAAUCAGAGGAGGAGAGAGCAACAAAACAGUCAGAGCUCAGUCUUCUAAUGGAUGAAGUUGAACGGGCUCAAACUCGCCUUCUUAGUCUUGAGAGGGAAAAGGGAGUUCUUCGUUCGCAGUUACAAUCAGCAAAUGAAGAUAAUGGAAAUAAUAAAAAUGACGAUUUGGAUUCAAAUAGCAUGCUUGAAAAUUCUUUAAGUGCCAAGGAGAAGAUGAUAUCUGAACUGAACAUGGAACUUCACAAUCUUGAAACUACCUUAUCAAAUGAGCGGGAACAACAUGUGAAUGAUAUCAAGAAGUUGAAUGCAUUGCUUAAUGAAAAGGAAGUUGCUUUUGAGGAGAUCAAGAAAGAGCUUCAGACAAGGCCUACAGCAAAAUUAGUAGAUGAUUUGCGGAAAAAGGUCAAAAUUCUACAGGCAGUUGGUUAUAAUUCAAUUGAGGCUGAAGAUUGGGAAGUAGCUACUAGUGGGGAAGAGAUGAGCAAACUUGAGUCUCUACUUCUUGAUAAGAACCGAAAGAUGGAACACGAACUCACACAGUUGAAGGUUAAACUUUCUGAAAAGACAUCUGUGCUGGAACAAGCUGAAGGCAAGAUAGCAGAACUAACAGCGACGGUUAAUGAACAACAGAGAUUAAUACAAAAGCUAGAAGAUGAUAUACUAAAGGGUUAUAAUUCCAAAGAUCGAAAAGGCACUCUGUUUGAUGGUUGGGAUCAUUCAGAAUCUGUAGCAACAGAGGCAUCUGAAAAUGCAGAUCAAAGACAUGUUUCCUCAGAUCAAGAUCAGAGCUCAAUGCUUAAGGUGAUUUGCAACCAGCGAGAUCGGUUUCGGGCACGCUUGCGAGAGACAGAAGAGGAAAUAAGGCAAUUGAAAGAGAAGAUAGGGGUACUGACGGUGGAAUUGGAAAAAACGAAGGCUGAUAAUGUUAAACUUUAUGGGAAGAUUCGUUACGUUCAGGAUUACAAUCUCGAGAAAGUAGUUUCUAGAGGAUCAAAGAAGCAUGCAGAAGACCUAGAAAGUGGAUUCGGCUCGGAUGUGGAAUCCAAGUAUAAGAAGAUAUACGAGGAUGAUAUAAAUCCUUUUGCAGCAUUUUCGAAGAAGGAAAGGGAUCAAAGGUACAAGGAGUUGGGUUUAAGGGAUAAAAUUACACUUAGCAGUGGACGUUUUCUUCUUGGCAACAAAUAUGCUCGGACUUUUGUCUUCUUCUACACCAUCGGGUUGCAUAUUCUUGUAUUCACAUGUCUGUACAGGAUGUCUGCUCUGAGUUAUCUCAGCAAUGGUCUGGAGGAAUCCCUCAUUGGAGUCAAAAACCUUAACCUCCCACAUGCACUAUGAAUGCCACAUAUCGUUUUUUAGUUUUUUUGAUUUCCCCGCUCACUAGAGAUGGGAAGACAUAGAUUGAAAUACUACUGAUACCCUUACCAAAAAAAAAUACCACUGAUACAAGUGCCUUACAAAAAUGUUUUGCAAUGCAAUGUACAUAUGACACAGGAUUUUAUUUUUUUUUGGCUUGUUGGGAAUGGAAUGUGUUUUUAUUUGUCUUCUGCCCAUGCCUGAUGGUUCAAAGAAAACAAUGACUUUGUUUCUGCUUGAUUAAUCUAUGAUGUGCCUUCAGCAAA